UGCUGCUAAAUGGUGUCACACUUUUUGUAUGAUUAAAGCUACAAAAUGAGUGUAGAUAUCAGUAGGCAUCAUAUAAUAAGAAUCAUUGAUAAUAAAUCACACACCCCUUUUACCAUCACAGGGCGCAUCUCCCCAGCAUCAGAGCAACAGCUGUGGGGUGUUUAUGCUGAUGUAUGCAAUGUAUUCUACCCUCCAAAAGCCAUAUGAUUUCAUUGUGGUGGACAUGCUCUCUAUCAGGAGGUGGUGGUGUGGGCAACUGCUGGAGACCUUUACGCUUGAAAGCCCUGCAAGAUUAGCUGACACACCCAUCUCACCCUCUCGAUCUCCCCAUAUCAGCCACCCCUUCCAAUCUCCAAGCAGUGAAAGCCCUGCAGGACUAGCUGACACACCCAUCUCACCCUCUCCAUCUCCCCAUAUCAGCCACCCCUUCCAAUCCCUAAGCUGUCCAUCAGGCACACCCAUUUCAACAGAGGACAGUCCAUUACUACCACCUGUAGUCCUUCAGCGUAUUAUUGAAGAGACGCUGAGUUUAGACAUGGCUAUGCUUGGCGUGUUCAACAGAGUUUCUAAAACUUUCCAGGAACUCGUAAAGCCAUUCCACCCCUCCGUUUAUAUUAAUGAGAGUUUGGCAGGGGACAUCAAACUUAAAGACAGUCUGAUGCAUAUAACUGUUCGAAAAAUGUAUAAGACUGCAGGUCGUGGCAGUGGCCUUGCACUACGCCUCAAAGGCUUUUCCAAAAGAAGAAAUUGGCCGAGCACACGCCUGGUACUGAGGCACAUGGCUUAUGGCAGGUAUCUGAUUGAAGAUGUCUGCCUACCAUAG